AUGACUUCCUGGAACAACCGCGACAUGACCAACAACCUCCUCCUGCCGUACGUGGACUCCGCAAUGUCUCCGGAGGAGGUCAGCGCAACCCUAAAAACACUUCCCUUCGAGCGCAACAUCUUUAAGCUGGUCGCCAAUGCGCCCACCUUUUUCCCAACCUUCGUGAAACUUCUGAGCCGUGCUUGGUGGCCCCAGCGCAGCUUGCGCUCGAAGGACUGGCAACUGGUCGUCUUGUGCACCGCGUCCCUGCUCAAUGCUCCGUACGAGUGGGACGUCAAUGAGCCCGUGGCCCGGGUCCUCGGGUAA